UCGCACUGCCCGGUCCAUGACUGUGAGUGUUUGCUACCUGAGUAACCCAUUACCAGUCGUAGCAAGCAGAGCCUGUGCAGUAACAAAAUAUGAUGCAGAGAAAAAUUGCCAAUGAUGCAUAUUCUUUGAUCCUAAAACUGAACAAUGCACCAGCUCACCAGGCAGCCUGGUCACCCCCUAUACUAUGCCUUGGAGUAUCAGCCACCAAAUUUCAGGAUGAGAGUAACAACCAAUCAACACUGAGUCUGUCCUCCUUCAAGGGACAGAAGACACCUAGCCAUGAUUCAGCUAGUCUGUCACAAUCCACUCCAAGUCAGCAAACAAAAUUACCAACAAAGACCAUCGCCAGCUUCUUCAGGAAAGAGAAGGACUGCAAGUAUCAGCAAAAUAAAGAUCACCAAGGAAAUUGUUCUCUGCAAGAUAAAGUGGGUUCCUUAAGUUGCAAAGACAGUGGUUUGACUGACAAUGAAGAUGAAGAUGAUGAGUCUAAAAGAUUUAUUACUGAUACAUUAAACUUGGCUUCAGAUUCUCCAAAAACAGGAGAUAAGAUGGACCAAGGAAAGGGAUUUUUUGCCAUGAAGAAUAUUGAAAAAAAAUCAUGUCAGAAUAGAUCUAAAGAAUCAUCGAUACUAGAUGCUCAAAAACAGAGAGAAAGGACAUCUAAUCCUAAAGAAGAAUUAGAACCGGGUACACGUGUUUGGAACUUUUCUAAGGUGGACAUGUCUUCCCAGAAUUUAGUGGAUCCUGAUUUUCUAGCAGCACUUCCUAUAGAGCUAAGGGAAGAAGUUCUGAGUCAAAUGAGCUGUGUUUCUGCAUCCAAGGGUAAUAAAACCGUUGGUCAUGAAGAACAAAAGCAGAAAGACAAAACGAGCAUGGAGAAGUACUUCAGUAAAAAUGAGGAUCAACAUACAUCUGAUACUUCUACUAGCCAACAAAGUUUUGUUACAUGUAGUAAGUGCAAUAAACACGUUGAAGAAAAUGUGAUUACAGAACACAUGGAUUUUCAUUUUGCUAAGGAGUUGCAGAAAGAGCUUACGUGGACUUCUGAUAAAAACAGUGGUCAAAAUGAAAAGAAUUCUGGACAAAGGAAGAGAUCGUUAGGAGACAGAGGACUGUCACCAAAGCAGGCAACCAAGAAAAUUAAGAACAAUGCAGGAAAAACACAGACAAUAUCACAUUUCUUCAAUAAAAAUCAGUCAUAAUAAUACAUUGCUGUUUUAACUUUUGAAGGGUACACUUCCUUAAAAUUUCACAACUAGCUUUUGGUUUUCCAAUUAAAGUAAUUCCAGAGUUAA